AUGAGCCACUCGGGCGAACGGCAGCCGUACGUCGUCUUUGGAUACGGCUCCCUCAUCUUCAAGCCCCCGCCGCAUGUAGUAUCGCAGCAUCCGGGAUUCUUGAAGGGCUAUGUACGCCGCUUUGCCCAGAAGUCGCAUGACCAUCGCGGCACGCCGGAGAACCCUGGCAGAGUAGUCACUCUAGUGCAUAAGGAGGACUGGGACGCGUUCUCCGGCUCUGAUCCGUUUCCGGACGAUGAUGUCGUAUGGGGCGUUGCGUAUAUCAUAGACCCAAAGUACGAGUCGGAGGUACGGGACUACCUCGACUACCGCGAGAAGGACGGCUACUCGUUAGAGCAACUCGACGUCUUCAGUCUCGUAGACGGCCACGAACAAGUCGUUUUCCACAAUUGCUACGUGGGACAUAACACCAAUCCCUCAUUCAUCGGGUCCGAACCCAUAGAGCAACUCGCGCGAAAAAUUUGGGAGUCCGUCGGGCCGUCGGGUCCUAACAAAGAAUACUUGUACCACCUCACUGAAGCGGUCCGACAACUUGCCCCCGAGUCGCACGAUUCGCAUCUGUUCGCGCUAGAGGUGACCACCGAUCGCACCCUGAUCACGUAUGAAAUGACUGACGGUGUCCAGACGAGAUGCCGCGAGCUUGACGCAGACAAGGACGACAGCAGCGCAGCCAAACAUCCGGAGAUCGAGGGUACAAGACCGCUGCAGCCCGAGUGA